CCCCGGGCAGCCACCGCUCAGCCGAGGUCACCACGGCCUCCUUCAGACGGGUGGCCAGCGAGUCUUCGCGCCUACCCAGCAUGCUCUCUGCCUUGGAGGAGCAGAACUUCCUGUUCCAGUUGCAACUGCGAGAUCGGCCUGAAGAAGACUCGGAUGAGGGUCUGGAGCUGCCACUCAUCGCUGUGGUUCAGUGGUCCGUGUCCAGGCUGCCCUUCCUCAGAUACAUCAGCACCCACUACACCCUGCCGAGCUUGCGCCUGAACCGCCCCCAGCUGGUGAUGACCGCUUCCUGCCUUGGCGGCGUGCGACCCCGGGAGUGCUUCCAGGUCAAGUACACGCUGCUGAACAACCUCAGGGACUUCCUGUCCGUCCGUCUGGUGUGGACGCCACCUGGCAGCGGCGGGGCUGGCUGUACGGGGGACAUCCCGGGUGGGCUGGGGGCGGUGGUCUGUCGGACCCCCCACACCGACCUCGGCCCCUGCCGCAAGGGCAGCAUCGUGUCCUUCAGUGUGGGCUUCCAGAUACUCCAGGAGGGCCUGUUUGAGCUGAGCCAGAACAUGAAGCUGAAGCUCCAGUUCUCGGCGCUGGACGCCGUGUGCAGCCCCAGCAAGGAGGGCCGUGGGCCGGGGGGCCCGGCGGCUCUGGGGGCCCCGGGGGCCCGGGGCGGCUCCCCCUCCAGCCCCCGUCACGUGCGAGAGCUGCUGGAGCGCAGGUCCCAGAGCUUCUCCCACGAGCAGCCCCCCAGGACCCCGUUCACCAGUGCGGCGCCGUCACCCCCCCGGUGGGCUCCCCCUCGGACGGCCCCCCCCCCUCUACCUGCCCCCCGCCGCCCCCCCGUGCUGCCCGGCCUGGACAAGAUCGCCAAGCGGGAGUGCAAGGUGCUGGUGGUGCUGGCACCACAGCCUCUCUAG